UUCGCAUCUGCUUCUCCCUCAGGGUUUUGAGAACACAUCAGUUUUGUCAACUAAAGCCUCAGUCCUUGACUGUAAACACUUCCCACAGGAAUUUUUGAAGUGCUGCAGGUAACACAGACCAAGCUCCAGCAAACCACGCAGCGAGACUUGCUAAUAAGUCUUUCUCUUGUAGGCUUAAGUAGCCAAAGAUGAGUCGUGGAUUGUCAGAAAACAAUAACUUCCCCUAUGACAACAACCAAAUGGUUUUGGAUAUGAUCCUGUGUUCCCUCAUUGGGGUUCCUCAGCCUAUCAACUGGGACAGUGUGGCAAGGCUGGUCCCAGGAUAUACAUCCAAAGAGUGUGCAAAAAGGUUUGAUGAGCUAAAAAGCAGUGGAAGUUCACCUGUUGACAACCAGUAUAAUUCCCUGAUGGCUGCUGGUGGGAGUCCUGUGGAAUCUUUAGCUACGUACAUCAAAUCCUCCUUGCUCGAUACACAGACAGAGUUUCAGGAGCCUGCUAUUGGGCAGGAUUCCAUUACUAUAACUGGAAGGCCCAGUGCAACCUCCACAAGGAAUUCUUCUUCAGAAUCUGAGAAAGGUCCUGUACAUAACAGUGGAGAAAGCACUGAUGAAAGCCAGGGGCCAAAUAUGGUGAUCCACGUGUGCGACGAAGCCAAAAACCUCAAAGAAGAUUUUGUGUGCCCUCGAGACCUUCUGGUGUCGGAGAUGAAGUACUUUGCCGAGUACCUGGCGGUGGACGCCCAGCGCUGGGAGGAGGUGGACAUUUCCGUGCACUGCGACGUUCACAUCUUUGACUGGCUCAUGAAAUACGUCAAAAGGAACACCAAAGACUCUGAGCUCGAUGAAAUGCCCACUUUAGAACCAUCAAAUGUCAUAUCAAUUCUCAUUUCUUCAGAGUUUUUGAAGAUGGAUUCAUUAGUAGAAAAAUGUAUCCACUAUUGUCACAAAAAUAUGAAUGCCAUUGUAGCCACCCCUUGUAACAUGAACUGUAUCAAUGCUAAUCUUGUUACACACAUUGCUGAUCUCUUCAGGCACAAUGAGGUGGAAGAGCUGAAGGACAAAAGAGACAAAUUUAAGAGCUGUGUUGCUGUCAUUAAUAGUAAACUUUUCUGCAAGAAGAUUGAGAGACUGUUUGAUCCAGAGUAUGUAAAUCCAGAUUCCAGAGGAAAUGCAGCAACAUUAUACAGGUGUUGUUUAUGUAAAAAGCUGCUAACUAAAGAAACUGAAAGGAGAAUUCCUUGUGUGCCAGGAAAAAUCAACAUAGAUCAACAUGGGAAUAUUGUCUAUGUUCAUAUAAGAGACAAAACCUGGGAAGUCCAUGAGUAUUUAAUUGGCCUUCAUGAGGAAUUGAAGUCUUGGAGGGACGUUUAUUGGCGCCUUUGGGGGACUGUCAACUGGUUGAGCUGCUCAAGAUGUAACCAAUCUUUCCUGUGUACUGAAUUCUCCCAUUGCCAGUACCAUUCCCAGCCAGUUCUUUAUCCAGGUGUAGCCAGUGCUCUGGGCUCAAGUGGGACAGGAGUGUAUCCCUGCUGUAACCAGAAAGUCCUUCGGUUUGAUCCCACAACCCUCCCAAAGGGCUGCAAAGUGAGGGAUCACAUGGUUGAGUUACCAUCAGGAGAUGAGGAUGGGGAUGCUUUGCCCUCUCAGACUACUCAAAUACUGAAUGAUCUGCUGCAUCAUAGAGAUGUUAUAGUUGUUCCUUUCACUAAGGAUGAGAAUAGUGAUUCUGGUAUUGGGCUUGGUGAUGAAAAAGGCCUUGAAUGUGAUGUGCUUGUAGAGCCAAACACUCCAUGGGGUCCCAAAACUGGAGAAAUCAAUGCUUUUCUGUCUCUGAAGAACUGGGCUUUACAGCUGAAACAGCAAUCACUGUUAUCUGAGGAGGAGGAGUACACCACUGGCUCAGAGGUCACUGAGGAUGAAGUGGGGGAUGAAGAAGAAGUGUGCAAGAAACCAGCAGGGAGAAAGGAGAAAUUAAAGAAAUCCUACAGGCACCCAAAGAAAGUGCUUUCUUCACCUAGUGUUCAGAAAAGGGAGAAGCCAUCUGAGAAGCCGAGUUCCCGAGAUGCAUCUCCAUUCAUUGUGAGCAUGCAGCAGAACAAGUGGGAUGCCUCCAGGUCACUGAGAUACAACCAGGAUGCCCAGAGAGAAGAUGAUCAGAGAAGAAUGUCUGAGAUUACAGGGCAUUUAAUAAAAAUGAGACUGGGGGACCUCGAUCGAGUCAAGUCAAAAGACAGCAAAGAAUAUGCAGGAGGCAUUUAUUCCAGGCUGGAAGCUCAGAUCAAGGCCUCGGCGCAGGUCAGUGCGCGGCAAAACAACGCCGAGAAGAAUGUCAGGUCAAAAUCCCGUUUUGGUCAAGGCCGUCCCACAUAAGGAGUCAUGACCACCCUUUAGCCAGAAUUCCUUACUGCUUCCUGAAACUCCACUGCACUCUGACGUGGAGAAUGCACAUCUCUGAAAGCUUUCCAGUGACUUAUUUAUUACUUUAAGCCUUGUAAAUUAUUUUGUGCCAUAAAUGAAUGCAAAUCCAAUAAGGUCAGUCUUCUGGGGAUUUGCAUUUAAAGUUCAUGACAAUACCUGUGACUUAGACUAGUUGAAGCAAAAUUUUGAUGCAGUUCUGAGGCCUCCUUCUGUAUGUGACACAGCUCCAUCCAUCUGAAUGUGGGCAGCAGGUAGGGACUAGACCUCCAAAGCUGAAAUCAGUGCCCUGGUGAUGCAGCUUUGCAUCCUGCAUGUGAACCACUUGCUUUACUUGUAUCUGGAAUUAAUACUCAUCCUCAUUCCUGACUCCACUUACAGUGUCUUGUUCCCCUCCAACACCCAGACUUAGGAUGCAGAGCAGUUUUAUGGAUGCAAUGCCACUAAAUAUCCAAGCAGAUCCACUGUUAAUUCUGCAUCUUGCAGCAGAGGUGUCUCAUUACAAAGGUUUGUGCAUGUAGAUCUUUUUUUGGGUCUAGUUACUCUCUGAAACCUGCCUGGAUAACACUGUUUAGAAGUCAGGUGCACUUUCAAGUUCUGUCUUUGGAGCAAUAGAGUACAAGUUUGUCAAAUCCAGGGCUACCAAAAUGAAAUAACUUGCCUAGAAAAUACCUUGCAUAUUAGCAAAGAAAAUGGCAAUAAUAAUAAUAAUAAUAAUAAUGGCUGAAUUCAAGGAAACACAUUCUGACUUUUUGAAACAGGUAGAAAGAGCACUCAGGGAAAGCUUAUUCCAGCUCAUGGCUGUACAAUAAAUUGAGUUUGGAAUUAAGCCAGCAAGAUCCUGGGUGGGAGGGCAGGGUGGGGUAAGGAGAGGGAGGUUGUUUAAAUGCUCUUCCCUCCAUUUGGGCUUUUUUUUUUUUGUUUGUCUUGUUUCCUGAUGAUUUUCAGUGGGUGUUAGAAGACUAGGAUAGCAAUACUUGAAAAUCCUGCUGUCAAGGGGGAAGAUUUUUAUUGAACCAGUUAAAAAUCAGUGUUGUUUGUGUGUUUUGUCCAAUGCUGUAGCAAAUUGGGAGCCCAGUGAAACCAACAGGCAAAAUUGGAUAUCAGUGGCUUUGAUUUGGGGCAGGAGUGCUUUAAUCUGUGUCAACCAAAUCAGGUUUUAUGAAUGCCCCAGGGCUGUUUGCAAGUACUGAUGCAGUUUGAAGCACUUCUAGUAAACACUGGAAAACUGAUUGUUUUUUGUUGGAAGUAUUCUAAAAUCCACCAGGUAUGAAAAUGCAGUAGAAUAAGUGUUUUGCCACAAUUUUGUGACUUCUGAUGGAGGGGUGUUCCAAAUUCCCAUGGUAAACUUGGCUGUGGAAGUUGCAGGCUGCAUGUGUGUGUGUGUUUAGUUUUCAUAGAACUACUGACUAGAAGAGAAAGGAAAAAUCUGCUGGUUUUGUUCUGUGGGGAAGUGCCAGUUCUACGUGCCAGUAUUGUUUUAUUCAAAAACAUUCUUGAGCAUAUAAAAAUAACAUACAUGAUGUGCAGUUUAUCUCUUUUUUUCCCCCGUGCCAACCACCUUGAAUUUUUAUCUUGUGUUAAUUUUGAGAAUUUGUCUUGGUUUAAUGGAAAUAAACAUUAAUUUAA